GCGACGACGCGUGGUUAAUAGUUAAUACGGUAGUGGCAAAAAAUCGUAAUUAGUGGAGAAGAGAAAGGGCUACUUGGGGAAGAAGUAAGUCUGAAUAACUCUACAGAUCUACCACUCAGGAGAGAGAGAGAGAGAGAGACUCAGUACCAAUUUCUCUGACGCGCUUCCUUCUCCGGCGUCUCAUCGUCACGUCCGGCGGAUUCCGAGGAAACGAAGAGCUAAAGGAUUUUUGAGUUAUGGAGAGCUUCUGGCAACUGGGCGAUGAGCUGCGAGGUCAGACUCAGUCAAGAGCAUCUGAGGAUCACAAAUGGUCCACUGUUGCAACCAAGCUCGCUGAGCAGACUCGGAUGAAAGGUGAACGGUUCAACAACCUCGAUCUCUCCAAAGCUGGUGGUUACUCUGAGUUCAGACCAACCGACAAGUUUAGUUUCCAGGACAACAACAACAACAACAACAACAUGCUGAACUUGGGUGGUAAAUACGGCAAGGCUCCGAUGCAGAGCAAUGUUUACAACAUGAAUGACUUCAAAAGUGGAGGCAGCAUGAAAGUUAACAAGUAUAAUGGUAACGUUGUUGCUAACAAAGAGCUGAGCAACAAGUACAACAGCAAACACAACAACAGCAAUGAUAAUGCUGUUGACAAGAGGUUUAAGACUCUGCCUGCUUCGGAGACGCUUCCGAGGAAUGAAGUUCUUGGCGGGUACAUCUUUGUUUGCAACAACGACACCAUGGAGGAGGAUUUGAAACGUCACCUGUUUGGUUUACCUCCAAGAUACAGGGACUCUGUGAGGGCGAUAACACCUGGAUUGCCUCUGUUUCUUUACAAUUACACCACUCACCAGCUCCACGGUAUCUUUGAGGCAACAACUUUUGGAGGUACUAAUAUUGAUGCCACGGCUUGGGAAGACAAAAAGUGCAAAGGAGAGUCAAGGUUUCCGGCUCAGGUGAGGAUCAGAGUGAGGAAGAUCUGCAAAGCCUUGGAAGAGGAUUCCUUCAGGCCUGUUCUUCACCACUACGAUGGUCCUAAAUUCCGCCUUGAGCUCUCUGUUCCCGAGACAUUGGACCUGCUAGAUCUCUGCGAACAAGCUGGUUCUCCAUAAGGCCGAUCAACCUUGCAAUACCACGUUGCGAAGAAGCAUAUUGGUGUUUUGUCUGAAAUCUAUCUAUAUAUAUAUAUAUAUAUAUUACAGUAAGAGCGUAAGCUUGUGGGAUUUAGUUAAGAGUCGAAAGGGAGGAGUGUGUGCAGUGUUAAGGCAAACAAAAGGGUGAAGAGACUGCCGAAUAAGGGACUACUCUUGUUCUUCUUGUGUCUAAUGUGUGAGUUUGUUUGUCUGUGUGUUGUGAGAGAUUUGAUCUCUUUUGAAACAAAAGAUUUGUGUAGAAGAAUAUAUAGAGAGAGAAAGUGAGAGAGUAAACAACAGAGCCAAACCAAUGGUAUGAGCUUCUGUUUGUGUUUGCUUGUGUAAGGGAGAACCUAAAUGGGAAGUUAUAACUUUUAAACUUCCGAGUC